GGUGGUACAGAAAAAAAGAAAGGAGAACAACAAAACUUUCAUCGGAAGUUCGGAAGUGCGUAGUGAAAAAGUGAAGUUUUCGGGGUUCGAACUUUUGAAAGUUUCAAGUUUGGCAAGUUCCAUGCUUAAAUUUUUUUCUGUACUUGUUCGUUUGUUUCAUAAUUAGCGUCGUGUGAAUCGUAUUGAGUUUGCCAUACAUGAAUAGUCGAACACUACCUAAAUAUAAGUUGCUGAUUUUGUGCUUUUGAAAAUCCGAAAGAAAUUGAUACCAUCAUUCAUUCAUCACUCUGUCUGUAUUCGUUGCCAAACUUGCGGUCAAUUUUCUCCUUGCUGGAUUAACGUUUCUUUAUUCUACGUGAUUUCAUCUCAUAAUUAUUAUGCUGUGAUCUAGAAUAAGUAAUAAUUGUGCCAUCUACUAAGAAAAAUAUCAACCUAGAUAAAUUCAUUUUUAAUGGCAGCAAAAAUCAAAUUAAUCGAUCCACCGAGCUCCGCCAGUUCCGAAAGUGAUUGUAAUGAUCGAGAAAACGCUAUCCUCAACGAUCACGAUAUAUUAGAAGAAGGCGAAGAUGCAGAUGAGAAAAAUGGUAUCGACGAAGCCGAUCUUUCUGUUCGACCACUGUCGCCUAAAUCAAGUUCUAGGGGAAGCAGCAGGCAAAAGAUAGCUGUACCGAACCAGUCUAUAAAGAAAACCGUCUCCGAAUCUGUAUUGACAUCGCAGAAACGAACUAUUUACACAGCUGGUCGUCCACCAUGGUACAAUACCGCUGGUCAACAAGUAGAACCUUUCGUAAUAGGCAUUUGUGGUGGCAGUGCAUCUGGUAAAACUACGGUAGCUCGACUAAUCAUCGAAGAAUUAGACGUCCCUUGGGUGACUUUGUUAAGCUUAGAUUCUUUUUACAAAGGUAUUACGAGCGAAGAAGAGGUGGAAUUAUGUCGACGAUGCGAGUAUAACUUCGAUCAUCCGGAUGCUUUCGAUUUUGAUUUAUUAAUUUCUACGCUGCAGCGUUUGAAAGAAGGCAAAAAAGUCGAUGUUCCUAUUUACAAUUUCGUCACCCAUAAACGCGAAGCCAGAACUAAAACAAUGUACGGCGCUAACGUGGUCGUAUUCGAAGGAAUUUUAGCUUUUCAUAAUUCAGAAGUAGUGAAGAUGCUGGAUAUGAAGAUAUUUGUGGAUACCGAUGCGGAUGUACGAUUGGCCAGACGAAUGAAACGCGACAUUAUCCAACGUGGAAGAGACUUAAAUGGCGUACUUAAACAAUACAUUCGGUUCGUGAGACCGGCAUUUUUACAUUAUAUCGCUCCGGGCAUGGCGCACGCCGAUAUCAUCGUGCCUAGAGGUGGCGAAAAUACUGUAGCUAUUCAUUUGAUUGUUCAACAUGUACACUCUCAAUUGCAACAGCGCGGAUUCGCACUUCGAGAAUCGUUGGCGAUGCUAAAUAAAGGUCAACCAUUACCCGGCUCAUUGUACAUAUUAACCGUGACACCUCAAAUCAAAGGUUUGCAUACUUUCAUUAGGAAUAAGGAUACGCCUCGUGAUGAAUUCGUAUUUUAUUCUCAACGCUUGAUGAGACUGGUUAUCGAAUACGCGCUAUCUUUGUUACCGUUCAAAGAUGUGAUGGUUGAAACUCCGCAAGGUGUACCGUACCGAGGCAAGAGAUGCACGGUGGAUAAGAUCUGCGGUGUAUCGAUAUUACGAGCCGGUGAAACGAUGGAACAAGCAUUCUGUGAUGUGUGUAAAGAUACUCGUAUCGGGAAGAUAUUAAUCCAAACGAAUCGAGUUACCGGUGAACCGGAGCUGUACUAUCUACGACUACCUAAGGAUAUAAAAGACUACAUGGUGAUCCUGAUGGAUGCAACUGUCGCUACCGGUGCCGCUGCUAUGAUGGCCAUUCGCGUUUUACUCGAUCACGAUGUUCCCGAAGAGAAUAUUCUGAUAGUGUCUCUUUUAAUGGCUGAAUCUGGCGUUCACACAAUCGCGUACGCUUUCCCUCAAGUCAGAAUAGUUACAACAGCUGUAGACCCGGAAGUAAACGAGAAAUUCUACGUAUUGCCAGGUAUCGGUAACUUCGGCGAUAGGUAUUUUGGUACUGAACCGGAAUCGUUCUGAAUCCUUCAACUCGAACCCAAGUUAUUAUUGUGCACGGCCGCAAAAAAAAAUGUUGUAUAUCGUCAGUUUUGUUUUGUUAGUAGGUACACAGAAAAUACGCAACUUUUUUUUUUUUUAACAUAAUAUUUCAAUUUAAGGUCGCCGUUGGAAUGCAACUGAAACUUUAGUUACCUGAAAAAAAACAACAGUGAAUUUUACGUUUCAAUUUUAAAACUGUAUUAUAAAUUUGUGAGCAUUUGGCAGUUGUUUGUGCUACAUUUCAUUGUUCUUCCUUGAUCGCAUUUUUUUUCUCGCGAGUGUUUUUCUUUCUUCAACCUUCGUCUAUUCUGUUGUGUGUUUUUUUGUGUGUGUUUGAGCGUGAUGUGAUGUGGUAAUAAUACAUAUGUGCCGUGUAAAUGUGAUGUACGAUGAAACUGUGUAAUUAUUUAAGAUUAGUUGAAAAUUUUUCAGUAUUGUUUGUGUGUUGAAUUAAUAAAUGGUAUUUUGCUACCAAU